UCUUUUUCUCCCCUCUCUUUUUCUCAAUGGCUCUCCUACCAAUGAGAGCUCUACAGCGACUCCGCCACCUCAGAAACAAGCUAUCUGCUCUACCUUCCUCUUCAUCUGCUUCUUCUACUUCUUCUUCCUCUUCCUCCGGCAAGAUCAGUAAUGCCAGACUGCUGCUUAUAAAUACGGGUACCUGUUGCUUCCUUUACUCAAUGGGAGAUUUCUGCAGACAAAAGAUAGAAGGGAACACCACUGACUGGCAUAGGACCGGGCGAAUGGGUGUACUUGGAUGCUGUCUCGGCCCAUUGGAUCAUUUCUGGUACACGGCAUUAGAUAGGCUGUUACCGGCAAUCACAGCAGGGACUGUUGCCAGGAAAGUAUUGCUGGAUCAGCUCAUAAUGGCACCCAUAUGCUGCAGUCUCUUCUAUCUAGGCAUGUCAGCUAUGGAGGGACGAAGUCAAAAAGAUUGCUUAAACGAACUUCAAGUGAAAUUCUGGCCUACCUACAAGGUGGAUUGGCAAGUUUGGCCAGCAGCUCAAAUUCUCAACUUUUACCUAAUCCCCCCUCACUUCAGAGUAGCCUACGUAGCCUCCAUUACCUUCCUAUGGACAGUCUAUCUCUCUUACAUGAAGCACAAAAAAAUGUCAAAAACAGACUCUAUGUUAAUCCAUUAAUAUUGUUUUAAAUGUAUCAUACUUACAUAAUUAAAGUAUAAGUAGUAUUAUUGUUUUAAAAUGCGAUUAGACUGAUAACC